UAAUAUACAAGGGUAACCAUCUUAUGUAUCCUUUUUAGAUUCCAUGAAAAACAAUUAAAGGAUUUCCUUCUCCUGCUCAGGUGGGAAGCUGCUCAGAUUCCAAAAGUCAAGGUGGCCAAACUUGAUAAAUGUGAAAAUAAGAAAGAACAGAGUGUAUAUAUGCCCCAGAUUCCUGAAAUUGCUAAGUGUCCAGAACAUCUUUUACCACUGAAAGAGUGGGAGGAUGAAUUUCUGUCUGAUUUUUCUGAGCUAAGACUGUCUCUGUCGCAUCUGGAGGGUUCAAGCCUUGAAGCUUCUGGUGGAAUACAACCUAUAGUUACUGCUAAUGAGGAGAAUGUCUUUUGUCAGCUAAUGGAAAAUAUUAUUGUUGAGAAAUUUAUUAAUUCAACUACUCAGGAAAUCGAGACUUCCCACAUCUCCAAUGAUUCCAGCCUUGAAAGCUCUGCUGAUCAGCCAAAUUCAACUGCUAAAGAAAAUGAAACUUCACCUUGUCAUAAAAAUCCAAAUCCUAAAGCUUCUGUUGGUGACAGAUCUGGUGACUAUCCAACCAUAUCUGCAAUUCAUAGAAUGGACUCUGUAACUCGAGUUUCAACACUUAGGAAACGUAUAAACUCAAUAGAGGCAAUGAGCAGCCUAUCAAAGAAAGAAUGUGCUUGGCUAUUUGCUCUGUGUGCAGCAGUUGAUACUCCACUUGAUGCUGAUACUUCUGCUUCUAUUCGUGGCCUGCUUCGCAAGUGUGCAAGCCUUAGAGCUGGGAAGUCAGAAGCGGAUGAUGAGGUGAUAAUGUUAAAUAUUUUGGCCACAAUUUCAGGCAGGUACUUCGGUCAGCUGGACACCUAGUCCAGCAACUAUCAGAACUUUUUACAUGUACAAAUUAAUAAGUUUAACCUACUUUUUUGGAUACUUAUUAAGGGGUAUUGAGACUUUGGAUUCUGAGUUUUAGAGUAGAAAAAAGGAAAGAUGUGUCUUAUCAAUUAGGAUUUACCUUUGCCUUCAUGGUUUAAGCUUUUUGAACGUAUAAUGGAUUUGGUUUGCUUAUAGCAUACUAUGCCUUAUCAAUUUAUUACAAGGGUUGCUUGAUGAGCUCUCUGUAGUAUUGAAUAGAUAUUCUGUUGUAAAAUAUAAUACACGCUUGUUCUGUA